UGUUAGGGUUCUUGACGUUUCCGGCAGUCUGUCUUCUUCCGCCUCCGCUGUUUGUGCAUUGUGUCUCGCUGUCACCGCCCUGUUUCUCUUCCUCGCCACUAACUCUGACUUCAUUCCUUCUUCCUCCGCCUCGGCCUCUUCCACCUACUCCAAACGCAUCAAGGUUCCAUUCUUUUUGCUUUUUCUAUAAAAACUACAUGGAGUUUGAUGAAGCUCUUGUAGUUAGAAAUUACGUCUUGUUUUUGAGGAUGUGGAUAAGUGGUUGAUCGAUUAAUUUCAUGGUGACUAUAACUAAAUGAUGAUGGUAAGUAUAUAAAUUCAUUUUGUGUUUGAGGAACAAUAGAUUCUUAGUUUGAUACAUAUUUGCAUGUGUAAGUAUAGUAGGCAGAUACUGAAUUUAUAUUGUUCAUGUUUGAUCGAAAAUUUUAACUGCCUUGAUAUUCACAAGUUGGUUUCCCUGUGUCUGCGUCAAUUUAUAAUUUUUCUCUUCAAGUUGUGUUGCUUUUAGUUGUGCUUCUUCCUGCCACUUUAAUCCUAGCUUGAUUCUCAUUUUCAAUUGCCGAGCACUUUUCUUCAAACUCUACUCCUCCCCUUCUUUAACUCUUCUACUACAGUCUGUGUUGUCAGAAAUUAAAUGAAUUACUUGUCAUAGUGUUAAUUAUGAAGUGAAAAACAAUGUAUAUAUGCUGCUGUUUGUUGGUAACUGGGUAGUUCGGAAUGCGCUGGGUUGAUGAGUGCUUCCACCCGAGUGAGGGGAAUUAUGUAGGAAAACAACAAAAAAACAAAAAAAUAGAAGGCCCGUAUAAAAUCCGAAAGGCCCACCAAAGUGGAAGAAAAAAAAAAAGGAGUUUCUGUAAGGUCCACCAAAGCGGUCAGUGCUCUCGCAAACACCAUAUUCCAACUCCAUAAACCCUUCAAAUCUUCAUCUUCCGCUCUCACAUCAAACAUUGUAACAGCAAUGGCUUCCACCGCCAGAACGCUAGCACACCUCCGUCGUAGCUCCGCUGCCGCCACUAGUAGCAGAGGGAGCUACGCUUACUUCCUCAUAUCCAAGCCGUUUACUUCCGCCGCCGCUUCCGCUGCAUCAUCUGAUUCCGACCAAACACUCUCUUCCUCUUCGGGAUCAAAGGGAAAAGGAUCUAGAUGGUUGCUGUUUCUACCUGGAGCAAUCACUUUUGGCCUUGGGACUUGGCAGAUUUUUAGGAGACAAGAUAAAAUUAAAUUGUUGGAAUAUAGAGAGAAGAGGCUGGAAAUGGAACCUUUACAAUUCCGCAGUUAUCCUUCAACUCAGGAAUUGGACACUCUGGAAUUUAGGAAGGUGGUAUGCAAAGGAGUUUUUGAUGAAAAAAAAUCAAUCUUUGUAGGACCCCGCUCAAGAAGCAUUUCAGGAGUUACUGAAAAUGGCUACUAUGUUAUAACACCUCUUAUGCCAGUUGAGAAUCAUCCAGACAGUGUCACUUUUCCCAUUAUUGUUAACAGAGGAUGGGUUCCUCGUAGUUGGAAAGACAAAUUUGUAGAGGCUACACUAGAUGAAAAGUUCCCGAAUGCAGUUCCUUCUCCUUCACAGGAUGAUGGAACUACAUCUUGGAGGAGGUUUUGGUCUAAAAAGCCCAUCGUUGCGGAGGAUCACACCCCUUCUGUUACACCGAAAGAAGUAGUUGGCAUAGUUCGUGGAAGUGAAAAACCAAGCAUAUUUGUCCCGGCAAAUGAUCCUGAAUCUUCCCAGUGGUUCUAUGUCGAUGUUCCUGCCAUUGCGCGUGCUUGUGGUCUUCCUGAAAAUACUAUCUAUAUUGAAGAUGCUAAUGAAAAUGUGAAUCCAAGUAAUCCUUACCCUAUUCCGAAGGAUGUCAAUACCUUAAUUCGAAGUUCAGUAAUGCCUCAAGACCACCUGAACUACACAUUGACAUGGUAUUCUCUUUCUGCAGCAGUUACUUUUAUGGCUUUUAAGAGGCUCAGACCAAGAAAAAAGCAAAGAUAGCAAAGUCAUCACCGUCACAUAGCUGAGUCUACUGACGCAUUUAACCUCGAUCUGAUAUGGGAUCAUCUUUACUUGAAGUAUUGUCUUCCAUUUCUCCAUCCUAACUAUCAAAAAUCAUUUUCAAGCUACCCUAAACUAUUCAAGUGAGGUCUUCUAAAAAGGUCAAGGCUACCCCCGGCCAUAAUAACAUUGCAGGAAUGAAAAAUGGGGUGAUUUUCUUGUGAGCAAAGAUAAAAUACUUAUUUUUUUUUAUACAAGGGGGAUGAGUAUGUUGAUAUUUAUUAGUUAAAUGAUCAAAUUUUUGUUACAAAAGAAAUUAUUGAUGGUAGUUGUGUGAAGUCAUGAAUAUAUCUUUUGAUUUGUAAUAGGAAGCUUUGGAAGUCAUCAAUAUGCCACAUUUUGUUGACACAUUGAUUGUUCACCUUAUUUCAAUAAAGGAGGUAAAAUCAUGUCUACAAUUCCACACACAGAUUGUAGUGUCUCUGUACAAAAGCAUGAUGGAACUAUUAA